AAUAAAAAAAAAUAACAAAAAUUAUUCUCACUCUCAUCAGAGUACCAAAACGUUUGGCGCUCUACGCCAUGAACGCGGGAGCCUUUCUCCUCUCGUCUGCUCCCGACUUUUCAUCCUUGCAGACUCGCAAGAAUUCCAGUGUUCGUACGACUUCUCGGAAGGCUGCCUGCUCACAUUUGAAAACUGAAUUCCACGUUCGAUUUCUUUCUCUCAAACAUCACCAUGGCUUUCGUGUUUCCUGGAGAAACUCCCGUGCAUUGGAAGGAUCUGGUCGGAAAGACGUUGGUAGAGUCUUGGCUGAUGUCAAAUCGGAGCCCUACGACGUUGCCGACUCGGCGCCGGAGUCGGUUAAGUUUCCGGAUGGUUUCAGCCAGGUUGUUAUAGCUGAGGACAGUUUAGAGUCUUUAGACGAGGGGCUUCCUUGGUUGGAGCAGUUUCCCAAGCGUUGGGUCAUUGUAAUUCUAUGUUUCUCUGCUUUCCUGCUUUGCAAUAUGGACAGAGUCAAUAUGAGCAUUGCCAUCCUUCCCAUGUCAGCAGAGUUCAAUUGGAACCCAACAACUGUUGGCUUGAUACAGUCUUCAUUUUUCUGGGGUUACCUUCUCACACAGAUUGCUGGAGGUAUAUGGGCAGAUACAGUUGGUGGGAAACGUGUAUUGGGAUUUGGAGUGGUUUGGUGGUCUAUUGCAACAGCUCUCACACCUAUUGCUGCAAAGAUUGGGUUGCCUUUCUUACUUGUUGUGCGUGCUUUCAUGGGGAUUGGUGAGGGUGUUGCAAUGCCUGCCAUGAAUAAUAUUCUGUCAAAGUGGAUUCCUGUAUCUGAAAGAAGUAGAUCUUUAGCAUUGGUGUACAGUGGGAUGUAUCUUGGAUCAGUAACUGGCUUGGCUUUUUCCCCAUUAUUGAUUCAUAAAUUUGGCUGGCCAUCAGUCUUUUACUCCUUUGGUUCUCUUGGGACUGUUUGGUUUGCAGUAUGGCUGAACAAGGCACAUAGCUCACCAGCUGAAGAUCCUCAACUUCGCCCUGAAGAAAGGAAGCUUAUUGCUAGUACCAGUAUUACCAGGGAACCUGUAAAAGAAAUACCAUGGAGACUAAUAUUAUCAAAGGCACCUGUUUGGGCCUUAAUAGUAUCUCACUUUUGCCACAACUGGGGGACAUUCAUUCUUUUGACAUGGAUGCCAACAUACUACAACCAGGUCUUGAAGUUCAACCUCACAGAAUCAGGGCUUUUCUGCGUUUUACCCUGGUUUACAAUGGCAGUUUCUGCAAAUAUUGGAGGGUGGAUUGCAGACACACUAGUGAGUAGAGGAUUAUCUGUUACCAUGGUUCGCAAGAUUAUGCAGACGAUUGGGUUUCUUGGUCCAGCCUUCUUUCUUACUCAGUUGAGUCAUGUUAAUUCUCCUGCAAUGGCAGUUCUAUGCAUGACUUGUAGUCAGGGAACCGAUGCAUUCUCACAGUCAGGUCUAUAUUCCAACCAUCAAGACAUUGGCCCUAGAUACUCUGGAGUACUGCUUGGUUUAUCCAACACUGCUGGAGUGCUGGCUGGUGUCCUGGGUACUGCUGCAACUGGUUACAUCUUGCAACAUGGUUCCUGGGAUGAUGUCUUCAAGGUUUCAGUAGGACUCUAUCUUGUUGGAACUGUUGUCUGGAGUCUCUUCUCAACGGGCGAGAAAAUCCUGGACUAAACAUCAGGCCAAUUGAUCAUGUUACAUAGCAGCCUAUGUCCUUACAUUUGACUUGAAAAACUAAGAAAAGAAAGAAGAAAAGGAUCAAACCGAAGCAAUUAAGCAAGGAGAAACUUAAAUGUGGCAGAGAGGGGAGUUUCUUGAAAGGCUAGUGGUAUGCCUGGAAUCACAAAAUGGAGGCUCAAGGACUACAUUACACAUUAAAAAGGCCAUAAUCAAACACGUCAGACUCCAUGUUUUAUUUGUAAUGAAGGGAGCUCCCAUAUCUUCACAAUUUAGUUCGGUUGGUGUGGAGGUGAUAGCAUAUCAUCUUUAUUCUUCCAGAUAUUCAAUGGAGCAAGGAUGCAUGUGUGACAGCCUCAACAAUUUGGCGGGAAUGUAUAUUGGAUACUAACUCUAGUCAAUUUUGUAAUUAUGUAAUAUAUUUAUUUUAAUUUUUAUGCAUCACAAUGUCCUUCCCUUGCAAUUUUUUUGUGUUUAAGCACAAGGUAAAAAGUAUUGAUA